GAGGAGGAGGGGGAGGGGGAGGGGAGCAUGGUACGGCCACGGCUUUCCUUAAGCUGCAGCAAGGGAGAAAGCGGCAGAAGAAAGCAGAGGCGACUAAACCCGUUCGAGCACCUGCCAGGCAGCGGAACCGAGGAGGGCGGCAAGCAUCGCGCCGCUGCCUCUUCUUUUCUGCCUUCCCCCGUUUGAGGCAGCAGCAGCAGCAGUAGCGGUCGGAACAACCUGUGCCCUGUCGGCCACCGACGAGCGACCCCUCCCUUGUCGGCGGCAAGAUGGAAAAGGACAAGAUGACACCACCACCCUCUCUGUGUAAAAGUCUGUGUAGACAUUUAAAUUUUUCCUCAACAUGGAUAAUGAAAUAGUAUCCUCCAUCAUAUUUGAAGGCUACAAGCUAAGGGAAUGCAGGAACAGCUGAAGGCUUUUGAUCAAGAAGUAAAUGAGUUUGUGGAUUAUAUGUUUGGAGAUAGAGAUCCCAGGGUCAGAGGAUGGCUUAUGCUAGAUUCAUACUUACCUACUUUUGCUCUCACUAUGCUGUAUCUGCUCUUCAUAUGUCUGGGCACCAUGUUUAUGAAGAACAGGCCUGCUUUGUCACUCAGGGGUCUUCUUAUUGUAUAUAACUUUGGCAUCACAGUGCUAUCAUUUUACAUGCUGAUAGAGCUAAUUCUUGCUACAUGGGAAGGAAAUUAUAACUUACAAUGUCAGAACUUGACCAGCGCAGGAGAAGCUGACAUCAGGGUGGCCCGUGUGUUGUGGUGGUAUUACUUUUCCAAAGUCAUUGAAUUUGCUGACACAGUUUUCUUUGUUUUGCGAAAGAAAAACAAUCAAAUAACUUUUCUUCAUGUUUAUCAUCAUGCCAGUAUGUUUAACAUCUGGUGGUGCGUCAUGAACUGGAUACCUUGUGGACAAAGUUUUUUUGGACCCACUUUGAAUAGUUUUAUCCACAUCCUCAUGUAUUCCUACUAUGGAUUGUCGGUCAUUCCAUCCAUGCGUAAAUACCUUUGGUGGAAGAAAUACCUCACUCAAGCACAACUGAUUCAGUUUUUGUUCACCAUUACACAUACACUCAGUGCAGCUGUCAAACCCUGUGGUUUUCCCUUUGGAUGCCUUACCUUCCAGUUCUCCUAUAUGGCCACAUUGGUGGUUCUGUUCAUUAACUUUUAUGUCAAGACGUAUCGGAAAGCAUCUUCAAAAGCCAACGUGAAAGAGAUUCCUCUGGUGACAGAAAUUAAGAAUGGGUUCCAUAAAGACUACCUAAAGGAAAUUAAUGGUGCUCUGAAGAAAAAAGCACAAUAACCAUAUUUUUACUAUUACAUUGUAGAAUACAAAUACCUCUCACAACACUUUUCUAAAACAAAGCAAAAUUAUUAUACACAACUUUAGUACAAUUUUAAACUCAGUGGCAAUUGGUUCUUCUACUCUCUAUUUCAUUGAUUUCUUUUUAACAAUAAGACUUGUAAAUGGUGAAGGCACUUACCUCUUUUAUCGGGCUGAAGUCAAACUGCAUUCUGUAAUUCUUAAUAUAGAGAAAAUGCCUUGAGAACUUUCCCUUUAAUAACAAAGAUUUGGAUAUUCUUGAAUAGAAUCUAAAACGUUAAACUAGCAGCAGACUGCAGUCUAUGAGAAAACAAUGUAUUAUUCAGUCAGUGAUACAGCUCACUCCUUUUUUGUGUUCUCUUAGUUUCCCUUGCUUUAUUUUUUUUGGGGGGGGGGAAUCUGUGUCCUCAAAAUCUUGGUUGUUGCCUUGAUGGUGCUAUAGAUUGCUCUUAUCACCCAUUCUAGAUACAGGAUGGAAUACAUAGUGCAAUGGGAUUAAUUACAAAUUCACAUUUAGCUACAGUGAAACCAUCCGAACAUUAGUGUGGCUGUAUGCCAUCUUUUUAAAAUGCACUGUUUUAAAACUGAACAAGAAUAGCGUCAUAAACCUCUCCUUAAAUAUUUGUAUUUGUAGCUGUAUACCUUAAACACCAUGACAAUCACACAAUGGCCUGAAUGUUAUUAACUUUGGAGGUUGACAUCCAAAAAUUUUGGUUUUAUUCCCAAAUGUCAAUUGUUACUCUGAAAUUCAAUAGGGACACUUUGUAUUCUCAUUAUGCCACAUCUACAGACAACUAAAACCAAUUUAUCCAUCAAAUGGCUGGUGAGUAUACUUUAACAUUAAUGUAUCUGAGAUUAGCAAUGCAACAAGUUAACUCAUCCUUGCUGAAAGCAAGUUUGCCCAUGUAUGCCAACUUGGCAUUUUGGAUACCAAGUAAAACUACUCACAUGAGAUGUGAAAAGCUAUAUAUCCUUAGUAUUCAAAUACUGAAGAUGGGACUACCCAUUCACCCUACACAGAGCUAAAUGCAUUUAUCCAGUUUGAUACCUUUUCUAUUGUUAUAAAAAUAAGUAACAGGUGGAGAAAAGCAUUUGCAAAGCUAGUCAUUCCACAUACUCAAGACAAGAGGCGUGCUCAGUUCUAUAAGUAAAAUGAUGAUGGGGGGGGGACAGUUGGUAUUUGGCUGGUCAUUUUACAUUUUAUUUUGCACACCAUUUCUAUAUUUUUAGUGUCUGACUUCAUAACCAGUUUGGGAGGGUACUUUAUUAUCAUUCCUAUUGCAGAGGGAGGAAGACAUGAAAAGAGAAUACCCAGAGAUCCACUGCAAACAUUUUUUCACCAAUUUAGCUUAAGUAUUUCUCUUGAAAGGUUCAAUAGUAUGAUUCAAUAAUUUUGUAUUAUAAUUCCUAAAAGAAGUUUCAUGUAAUUUCUCAUAACUCUCUACUGAAAGUCAACACUAAAAUCCCUAUAAAUCCAUCAGAAUGAUGGAUUAGACCAGAACUCUUCAAAUGUGGCAACUUUUUAAGGCUUCUGGACUUCGACACCCAGAUUCAGGUGGUGGAAUUCUGAGAGCUGAAGUCCACAAGUCUUAAAAGUUGCCAGGUUUGGAGAGCCCUGCAUGAGACUAUAACUUCUGCAUGAUCUGACCGAUUGGGAGCGCUGAGAAUUGAAACCUAGGUUUACUGAAGGUAACAAUUGAGGAAGAGUUUAAUCAAAGUAAAUCAGCAAAUCUCUAAUGAGGAGGACCCAUAAUGAACAAUAUUCAUGAGUCCCUGAAGGGAUCCUCUUAGAAACCUUUCCAUAGGUCAGUGAAUAUUAGAGAUAGUAAAUUACACAAGGAUUGUCUCACUCACCUUGAUGGUUUAAAAACAACAACUAACAUUGCCUUAAUGAUUAAGGCUUAAUCAAGCUUUUAAAGGGCUGAAAAAAUGUUAUCAUGUUAACAUUUAAAACCAUUUGAAUAAGCUACAUUCAGGUAUUCACUGAAUGCAGAAAAACCAAUCAAAAUGCUGCUAUUUUGAAUCACAACCAAGAUUAUGACUUUUAAAAUUAUUUUCUUGUAAACAUUGACCAUUGAAAAUAAACGAAGUUUUACAGCAACAUA